UCUGCAUCGAUGUCGACAAAUAAUCACGAAAAAAAAAAACGUUUCUUGCAAUGUUCGAAUUGAAAGCGCAGGUGGAUCGAGUAACACGUUUAUGUGCAAUUUGUACGUCGGUCUUAAAAGCAAUUAUUGCAGAGUCUUUGAUCGUCCAUUUUCGAUUCUAUAGACAACUUUAAGCACUGGAACAGAGAUUACUUGCACUCUUACGCGUCACAUUUGGUGCAGUUUCACGCGAACAUUCGAAGAAAGAACAAUAUUAAGUGCAAUGCAGGAUCAGAAAGAUUUGGAUCGUGCGGCCGAGGUGUUGACUUGGAAUAAACGAUUGAUGUUAACGCUGGGUCUUUGGCCCUUUCGAUCCAGCGAUCUCAUUUUCUCCAUUAAUUUCGGCUACUUCAGUUUCUGGAUGGUUAUGGAGUACCUGGACCUGUUUCUUUUCAUCGGGGAUCUCGAGCACGUGAUUAUGAAUCUAACGGAAAACAUGGCGUUCUCACAGAUAUUUGUGCGGAUGAGUAUGUUACGGUUAUAUAACGGUCAAAUUGGUGAGGUCAUAGCAGAUGCCAUGAAGGACUUUGAUAGGUCAAGUUAUAAAACAAUUGAAGAGAUGAAAAUGUUUAUCACAUAUAAUGCUAGGUCAAAGAUCUUCGUCAAAUUAUUGAUGGUGUUCGUUGCGCUGACAGCUUCGUCGUACUACUUGACGCCGAUUCUUAUUAUACUUGGAAGUGGACUGCCUAAAAUAGUGAUAAAUGAGAAUGUGACUCAGAUAAUUUAUUUAUUGCCAUAUCGCUUUCAUCUAUUUUAUUCAGUCGAGAAUAUGUCGGUCUACACGUUCACAUACGCCUUGCAAUUGCCGUUCGUGUUUGUCAGCGGUUUCGGUCAAAGCGCCGCUGACUGCAUCAUGGUCACCCUUGUCUUUCACAUUUGCGGCCAAAUGUCAGUCUUAGCUUUGCGCAUUAAUAACAUAGACACCGAUCCCGGCAUCUGCAAGCGUGAAGUGCGGCAUGUGGUGCUCAUGCACAUACGACUACUACGAAUGGGAAGAACAAUAGAGAAAGCGUUUAGCGCGACAUUGUUGGCUCAUCUUUUCGGGGCUACUUCUCUCGUGUGUAUUCUUGGUUAUCAAAUUUUAACAAAUGUUGCUAAGGGUGAAAGAGGGAUCCUUGUUACAUUUCUGAUAUUUCAAUUCUUAGUCUUGCUCAUACUCUACGCUCAUUGCACUGUCGGCGAAAGUCUUCUGACAGAGAGUGCUAAAGUAUGCGAAGCGUUUUACGCUUGUCGCUGGUAUGAUAUGUCAAUGGGAAAUGCGCGGAUGGUAAUACUAUGCAUGGCCAGAUCGCAAAAGCCGCUCUGUCUAACAGCUGGCAGUUUCACUACUUUUUGUCUCAGCACUUUAACUGACGUUUUAAGAACAUCUAUGGGAUACUUGUCAGUGUUACGUUCCUUUUUGUAACACAACGUUAAGCAAUAAUCGUGGAAAUGUGUUAAGCAAGAAUUUAAUUUAAGUUAAUCUUGCUCAAAUAAAGGUAAAAGUAUAAUUUGCAAUAAA